UCCAGCUUUAUUGACAGUAAUGGCAGUUUCCUCAUUGACGUUUGAAUUUUAUAGCUUUCUUGUAUUUCGAAAAUGAACGUUUAUUUGCGUGAUUAUCGCUGCCACCGUUCUUUUUCUCUCAUUAUCGCAACUGAAGUAAUCCUACUAGCUGUUGAUAAUUCUGGAGUAAUAUCCUAACGAUGCUCCGAUGUAACCUCUUUGCUAAGACGACUGCCAACAAAACUGAUGCAGAAAAAAGCUAAUAAUUAACGAAGGAUUCGUGAGGAGGGACGAUUGUACAAGUUUAUCACUUUCUUUCUCAUUGCCCAAAUGGAUACACAAACGGAUAUCAAUUUACCGCGACCGCAAAUGACGUUGCGAAACAUGAAUUCUGGCAAUGUAUUCUACAUGCCUUUAACAUCGUUUGCAGAGAUGUGGUAUCAAAUAUUUCUCUGGGCCCUGUUUUCCUCGAUAUUUGUACAUACGAUUGCUGGUGCAAUUUGUUUUGCUACUUUGCGACAGCACAAAUACGGCAAAUUUUUCCCAUUGCUUAUCAUAAUAAUGGGUGUAAUAUUGCCACUGACAUCGGGUGUCGUCAGUUCAGCAGCAGUUGCCUUUGUGUAUAGAGCGUCUGGCUAUCAAAUGCCACCUUUAUAUGCAUUGUUUUGGGGUAUUGGACAGACUGUGGUACCGGUAUGCGUCGGAUUCACGCGAAUAUUGGCGACUUUGUAACCUGUUAUUACAAACUUAUUACUGCACUUGUGAUGUAUUUACGUGUACAUAAGAGCAGCAGUCAAGUGUUUCUUUUAAAUUAUACGUAUGUACAUAUAUAGGUAAGUCCAUCAUUGUGAGCAUCUAUAGUUGUAUUGAUGCGUUUAGUAGUAAACUGACUGUAAAAGUGGAAAAGAUUAUAAUAUUAUCAAGAAGAUAAGGAAUACUUUCUAUUUGACACAAUAAUUGUUCUGUCUUUAUUACUCAUGAAAUAGCAAGAAAGAUAGAAUGAUGUUUGUGUCAACUUGUGUGUCAGUAAAAAUAUGUUUUCAGGAAGAUGCUUUUAGCGCUAUUCGAAUCAGUUGAUUCUUGUUUCAUGUCUAAUAAACGCUAGAUAAAGAUAAAGGAUGCUUUCCAUUCAUGCUAAUACAAAUUGAUAUAUUUUAUCUUUCUCAACAUUUAUUAAUUAGUAACAAGGACAACCAUACUUAUGUUGACUUGUAUCAUCAAAACACACAGAAUGAUAAAUAGUGUCUUCCCGAAUGCGCUCUAAAUGGAAGAUAUCCAAAUGGAAGAUUACCCAAUUGGGAGGAUUCGUAAUAACAAGCAAAUAUAUAUUUAUCGAAUAUCGCAGAAAGCAUCCUAAUUAUUGUAUG